GUUUAGUAGACAUUUGAUUUUGACCCUGGCAACCCUGCGUAGUAGGUUACUUUACCUGUGUGCAGGUAGCCAACGUCGCAUCGGAAUAAGAGCUCUCGACUCCUUGUUUGCUUUCGAAGUUAGGAUAAAUCUAUGUGUUCGGAUUUAGACUAUAUGUAAGGUUGUCGUCCAUAAUUUUGUUUAUCCUUUGAAACAUUCCCGGGGAGUUCCAGAUGGAAUGAUAACUGGAACGUGUACUUUCACUUUUACUUACUAGCAUACAGAAGUGUAAAACUCGGACCGAAGGAAAUGGCAGUCAGCUUUUUUGGGAAAGUUAUCAUACCGUUUUUGGCUUAUUUUCUCGUGGAGGUGACAGGUGAACAGCAGUAUGGUGGCCUGGGAGGAGAGAUCACCCUGACCCCCAAGGUCUCAGGACAGCCUCAGGACAUCCUGUGGAAACACAAUGGGAACAAGGUGGUGGAGUUUGAUGGGAGUCAGAAUGUGGAGUAUGGCAGGUAUAAAGGCAGGACCAUCCUGGACUGGGGCUCUGGAGCGCUAACUGUCAAAGGUCUCACUGAUGCAGACAGUGGGCCCUAUGAGUUAGAGGCUGUCGUCAAGGGCAUGCUGCAGUACUCUCAACAUGAGGUGGACGUUAUUGAUAAUGUGGCACAGCCCAGCGUAACCUGUGUGGUCGCCAACACAACCCCAGAGAACAUGAACAGAACCCUGCUGUGCUCAGCUGACCUCCAGCCCCUGACCCAGUUCAUCUGGAGGAUUCCAGAGGGGUCAGAGAGUCCUGGACCUGAACUGUUCAUACCUGGGGGGGAGAACCAGGAUUCUGAGAACCAGGAGUCUGUCUACACAUGUGUGGUGAAAAACCCUGUUAGUGAGAGAACUGCAGAGUUCACCCUGAAGGACUGCUACACUGAGGAAGGCUCAUCCAGUGUCCUGGCUGUGGUCCUGUCCAUCCUCCUUCUCCUCGUCUUAGUUGCCGUUCUGGCAUUUCUCUUGUGGUACUGGAAGAAAGGCAAGAAACCGGCUGAAGCUGCACUGAGAACAUCUCAAGAGGAGACGGGACUGAUGGAAGUUACAGUACAAGGAAACAAAGAUCCUGAGGAUGACCAUUCUGAGAACACUGGAAAUAGAACUUCUACACCAAAAGGAAAGGUGAAAGAGCAGGUAAGGCUGUUUAACAAGCAGGAUGCAGAUGCAAACAGGAAACAGCACACUACACCAGCUGGAAGAUGUUUCUCUCCAACAAAACGUGGGGGUCACAGCCUUCUGUACAGACAGAAUGACAGUCUCUCAGACAAACAGACAGUGACAGACACAGAGCCUGUACAGGACAAGCCCAACCCGGCCCAACAAGCCCUAGUCACCCAAGACCACACCCCGGCCCAACAAGACCUAGUCACCCCAGACCACACCCCGCCCCAACAAGACCUAGUCACACCAGACCCCACCCAUGCCCAACAAGACCUAGUCACACCAGACCCCACCCAGGCCCAACAAAACCUAGUCACACCAGACCACACCCAGGCCCAACAAGACCCAGUCACCCCAGAACACACCCAGGCCCAACAAGACCCAGUCACCCCAGACCACACCCCGGCCCAACAAGACCUAGUCACCCCAGACCACACCCCGCCCCAACAAGACCUAGUCACACCAGACCCCACCCUGGCCCAACAAGACCUAGUCACCCUAGACCCCACCCCGGCCCAACAAGACCUAGUCACCCCAGACCACACCCAGGAGAGUAAAGACAAAAUAAGGAUGUGGAAGAAAAUGGGAAAGUGCAAAGAGGAAGUAAUAAAGAGACAGAGAGAGGAGAAAGACAAGAGGAGAAAAGAAAACAGAGAUGAGAAAGUGGACCACAAUAGAUGUAUGGGUGCAAACACAGAGGAUGAGGGGGGAAAUGAAGGAGAGAUGAAGGAGGAAGGGAUAGAGCAGAAGGAACCAGACACAGAGAAAGAAGGAGAUGAUACCAACCAAACAUCCACCCAGAGUGAUGAGGAGAUGGAUGAGACACCCAUCACAGACUCCAAUGAGCAGCACAUUACCCAGACUACACUACAGGGGCAGUCCAGGGACUCCACAGGAUCCAUAGAGAACCAAGAAGAGAUGGAACAUGAGACAUCCACCCCAGACCCCAUUGAGCAACACAAUACCAAGACUACACUACAGGGAAACAAAGAUCCUGAGGAUGACCAUUCUGAGAACACUGGAAAUAGAACUUCUACACCAAAAGGAAUGGUAAAAGAGGGGAUAGAGUUUAGCAAGCAGAAUGCAGAUGCAAACAGGAAACAGCACACUACACCAGCUGGAAGAUGUUUCUCUCCAACAAAACGUGGGGGUCACAGCCUUCUGUACAGACAGAAUGACAGUCUCUCAGACAAACAGACAGUGACAGACACAGAGCCUGUACAGGACAAGCCCAACCCAGCCCAACCAAAACUAGUCACACCAGACCCCACCCAGGCCCAACAAGGCCUAGUCACACCAGACCACACCCCGCCCCAACAAGACCUAGUCACCCCAGACCACACCCCGCCCCAACAAGACCUAGUCACACCAGACCCCACCCAUGCCCAACAAGACCUAGUCACACCAGACCCCACCCAGGCCCAACAAAACCUAGUCACACCAGACCACACCCAGGCCCAACAAGACCCAGUCACCCAAGACCACACCCCGGCCCAACAAGACCUAGUCACCCCAGACCACACCCCGGCCCAACAAGACCUAGUCACCCCAGACCACACCCAGACCCAACAAAACCUAGUCACCCCAGACCACACCCAGGCCCAACAAAACCUAGUCACCCCAGACCACACCCAGGCCCAACAAAACCUAGUCACCCCAGACCCUCCCCAGGCCCAACAAAACCUAGUCACCCCAGACCACACCCAGGCCCAACAAAACCUAGUCACCCCAGACCACACCCAGGCCCAACAAAACCUAGUCACCUCAGACCCCACCCCGGCCCAACAAAACCUAGUCACCCCAGACCCCACCCCGGCCCAACAAAACCUAGUCACCCCAGACCCCACCCAGGCCCAACAAAACCUAGUCACCCCAGACCACACCCAGGCCCAACAAAACCUAGUCACCCCAGACCACACCCAGACCCAACAAAACCUAGUCACCCCAGACCACACCCAGGCCCAACAAAACCUAGUCACCCCAGACCACACCCAGGCCCAACAAAACCUAGUCACCCCAGACCCCACCCAGGCCCAACAAAACCUAGUAACCCCAGACCCCACCCGGCCCAACAAAACCUAGUCACCCCAGACCACACCCAGGAGAGUGAUGACAAAAUAAGGAUGCGGAAGGAAAUGAGAAAGUGCAAAGAGGAAGUAAGAAAGAAACAGAGAGAGGAGAAAGACAAGAGGAGAAAAGAAAACAUAGAUGAGAAAGUGGACCACAAUAGAUGUAUGGGUGCAAACACAGGAUGAGGGGGGAAAUGAAGGAGAGAUGAAGGAGGAAGGGAUAGAGCAGAAGGAACCAGACACAGAGAAAGAAGGAGAUGAUACCAACCAAACAUCCACCCAGAGUGAUGAGGAGCUGGAUGAGACACCCAUCACAGACCCCAAUGAGCAGCACAUUACCCAGACUACACUACAGGGGCAGUCCAGGGACUCCACAGGAUCCAUAGAGAACCAAGAAGAGAUGGAACAUGAGACAUCCACCCCAGACCCCAUUGAGCAACACAUUACCCAGACUACACUACAUGUGCUGUCCAGUGACACACAAUAAUCCCUAAUGGAAAAACGUUUGGAUAACAGGUCUCUACCUUAUUUUCUACUGGAGUUAGAAGUGCUGUCCUCAUACUGUUAGAAGAAAGACAGUAGUGAAGAAAAUGCUUGACGCUACAUAUUUAUGGAUUGACUUUCACAGUGAAAAGAAAAGUGAAUGAAGUGCUCAGUGUAAUAGAAGCAUUGGAAUUUCUUGAUUGUGGUUUCAUAGUUUGAAUACAGCAUUUUCCUCUAAAGUUACGUUUCAGUUCUACGUACCUGUGAUAGCUAACAUAAUUCAUAACAUACUACAAGUUAAUACACUAUUUGUUAUUUUAGCUACAUUUAAAGAUAUGUUUUAAUGAACCUUAACAUACUGUUAUUGCUAAAGCACUUACUUAGGCUACUGAUAUGCCAUCUUGAUGGGUUGUCAUAGGUCCUCAGUGAUCAGUGUAAUUAAAUACAUGUUAACGGAAUGAUGUGAAUAAAUGACUAAC